GCGUGCUGCGUCGGCCACAUUGUGGAAAAGGAGACCCGUGAGCAACAGCAGGACAAACGAGCGGGUGACGCUUGCAUCUUUCUUUCCGAGCUCGCCCGCACAAAGGAGAGAAGCCGAUAAUCGGAGACAGUGUGAGGAACAGAUAUGAUCGCGGCAAGAUCAUUGUCGUGGAGUCCUGGAGAGCGUGCGGUCUGUUUGGCUAUGGGGGAGAACGGAGGUGCUGCACAUACGCAUGACGUCGAUGACCUGAAAGGAGAAACUACUCCAUCUGAUUAUUUUGGACUAGAUGCAUCCACCGGAGACCUGCGUUUGGAUCAAACUGAACCAACACCAUGCAGCAAGAACACGACCGGCACUCAGACGAUUGAUGCGGAUCACACGGACAAGGAAAAGGGCAGCAAACCAGUGGAAGGCGCUGAAACAGACAAAGUGUUCUGGUGGAGGAGGAGGGAUGGACAAGACGGCAAAGGAACAGAGAAGGGAAGCCAUUCAGAACAGGAGUGGACGGAAGCCCGGGGGCGAUCGAGAACGGAAGAUGCAGUCAAACUCAAGUUGUGUUCGAACCAGCUGUAGUGCCCGCGCGGCGAGCCGAUACUAUCAAUCUGAAACGACGGGGAGUUGCGGUGCCCGCGCGGCGAGCCCGCGGCUUAGGUGCGGGGGAUGUGCUAGCGCCAUAGUGAAGCUUAUUAUCAAUCGGAAACGUUGGGGAGCUGCUGUGCUCGUGCGGCGAGCCCGCGGCUCAGGUGCGGGAGAUGCUAGCGCUAUAGUGAAGCUUACUACUACCAAUCUGUAGUAAAAGAAGUAGCAUGAAACUAAAAUGCACGUUGGUGGAUCAGCUUCGGAACAACACUACUUCAAAUGAAGAGUGCACUCUUAGUAGUACCAAAGAAAAUAGAACGGCAAUUGUAGUUUUAAGGGCGCAUCUAA